AUGCCAAAAGACAGCAACGGAAAAAGGAGGGAGACCACAGAUGUAGAGCGGGUUGAGGUACUUAAAUUGUAUGCUGAAGGAUGUACCUAUCGCAAAAUCCAAGCCCAGACCGGCGUUUCAAAGUCCGAUGUGUCCAAAAUCAUUAAGCGAUAUAAAGAGACUGGGUCCUUAAACAAAGUCCCUAGACCCGGCAGACCACGAAUAAUCGAUGAACGAGCUAUGCGACGCUUAGACCGGAUUACAAACAAUAAUCCCUAUGCAACACUUGCAGAAAUUACUGCAGAUUCUCGUCUAAACUGCGCUCCCAAAACGGUCGCAAGAGCGCUACACGUACUUGACUACCACCUCCGGGUUUAUAACGUGGGUCUAUGGACGAUGGACUAUAGUGCCAAGGAGUACAACCGAGGCAAGAACGUAGUAGAAGAUAUUCGUAACUAUGGACUAUGA